AUGUCGCGGCAAACUCCAGCUCGCUCCGCGAGGACCCGCGCAUCUCGCGGUCGACAGCAAACCCGCAAGCGGCCAGGUGAUGAGGAUGUCCAGGAUGUCUAUCAAGAAAUGUUGGAUGAGGCUGAAGCCCGAGAUCCUGGACAGUUUAACUCCGAAAGACCGAUCAAAAGGCGAAAGGUUGGGGACAUGAAAGCACUCCCUGUCGAAGCCAAACAGCAACGCCCAGAGUCGAGCAAAGAUGAUGCUCAACAAAUACAAACUGUCUACGAUUCGUCAUCAGAAGGAGAGUCAGAUGUUGAGUGGGAAGAUGUCGAGUUCCAUCAACCAUCCGAUUUCCUACUCAACGGAACUGCUGCAUCUCGAGGCGGCGACGAAAUGCUCGAAAUCACUUUAAAACAAGAACCCGAUAAACGAAUGAGGGCCAUUCCAAAAAGAAAGCCUUUAACUGGAGCGGAGAAGAAAAUAAGACUGGAUGUGCACAAGUCUCAUGUUCUUUGCCUCCUUGGCCACGUUCAUAUACGCAAUUCGUGGUGCAAUGACGAGGGAACACAGGAUUUUUUGAAGAAGAUUCUCCCCAAGAAAGUCAUUGCUCUCUUGCACCCAGAUGAGGAUAAACCUAGCUAUAACAGAUCAACGACUAUCAUGGAUGGUCUUAACCAAGCCGCAGAUGCGUUCGCUCGCCGAUUUAAAGUCACCAAGCCGGGAAUGAAGCGGGCUCACUGGUCAGAGGAUCAAAUUCAGUUGAAGCAGAAGAUGGAUUCGAUUAUGUCCGAUGCAGAAGUCUUUCUAUCCAGGCGAGAUUUUCGAACCCAGGCCAAAAUGCUACAAGGCUCUCGCGAUUUUGGAGCCCAGUUAUUCUGUGCCCUGUUGCGGGGCGUGGCUAUCGAGACCCGUCUUGUUUGCUCAUUGCAGCCAUUACCGUUCUCUGGAACCGUCAAGGAUAUGACGCCGUCCAAGUCAAAUUCUCAAUACAUUGUGAUAUCUUCAGAUGAUCCUGGUUCGUCGACAGAUGAACGAUCAAAGACCGAAAAGUCGCCUACGGCUUCAAAGUCUCGCCGGAUCGGACAGCCCAAGUUCGCGCCAUCACGCCCUCCCCAACCACCUGUGCGCCUUGGCAAUCAUCCGCAAUCACGAGACUCAUCACAUCCGGUAUUCUGGGUGGAAGCUUUUAACGAAGCUGCCCAAAAAUGGAUCGCCAUCGACCCGGUAGUAACAAAAUCUCUCGCAAAACCCUCGAAGUUUGAACCGCCCGCGAGCGAUCCCUUCAAUUUAAUGAACUACGUGGUGGCCUUUGAAGACGACUUAUCUGCAAGAGAUGUCACUCGUCGGUAUGCAAAGGCAUUUAAUGCAAAGACACGAAAGCUGCGAGUGGAGUCCACACGCAAUGGAGAGAAAUGGUGGGACACAGCACUGCUACAUUAUGAGAAACCCUUCCUUGAGGAUCGAGAUGAAGCCGAGAUCAGUGAACUCACAUCUAAAUCAGCCGCGGAGCCAAUGCCACGCAACAUCCAAGACUUCAAAGACCACCCUGUCUAUGCACUGGAACGCCACGUCCGUCGAAAUGAAGUCAUCCACCCGAAACGAGUCAUUGGACACGUUGGCUUAGGAAAGACCUCUGUGAGAACCGAGACGUCUGAGCCCGUCUACCGGCGAUCCGACCUACAUGUCGUAAGAAGCGCUGAUAAAUGGUACCGCCUCGGACGCGAUGUCAGAGUUGGAGAACAACCUCUCAAGCGUGUGCCGGCAAGCCGCAACAAAGUUGCAAGUUUUGGUGACGACGAAGAUGACAAUGAACCUGAAGAGACUACAUUAUACGCCGAGUCUCAAACGGAAGUCUACAAGCCACCACCAGUGGUUAAUGGAAUAAUUCCUAAGAAUGUUUAUGGAAACCUCGAUGUUUAUGUACCCAGCAUGGUACCACCGGGAGGUGUUCAUAUCAACCGAGCAGAGGCGAUUAGAGCUGCCCGCAUUCUCGGCAUUGAUUAUGCCGAUGCAGUCACCGGGUUCGACUUCAGAGGUCGUCGUGGAACUGCAGUAGUGAAUGGCAUUGUUAUUGCGACUGAAUACCAAGAGGCGGUUGAGGAGGUUCUUACAGGCCUUGAAGACCAGAGACGACUUGCCACGCUUGAAGCAAGAACUGCGGAAGCUCUUCGGUUUUGGCGACUCUUUUUGGUGAAGCUCAGAAUUGCAGAAAGAGUGAAAGGCUAUGCAGUCAAGGGCGAAGAUCAAGUCGAUGAAGAUGAUAUUGCAGAGGAAAUGAAUGUUGAGGAAGGCGGAGGCGGCUUCUUUCCAGAACCUGGCCAGCCUGCGAAUAGUCCACUUCCAAGAGCCCUGGAAACCCACUUACCUUAUGAGAGUUAUGCAGAGGUUGAAUCUGGUUUAUACGGCGAGGAUGAAGAAGAAUUUAGAGCAGGAUUUAUGCCCGAAGAGCCCACCGAAAAUGAUUCGAACUCGGUAGCAGCUGCAGCCUCAGCCCCAGAGCCCUUCGCUACACGCCCAACAUCAAAUCCUCAAGGUUUAUCCAAGAGAAACACUUCAAAUGCACCCCGUUACUCCUUGGUGGUCGUCCCGAACCACAGCCCAGGCGCAGUAGCCCAUGAACGGCGAGAAUCCCCAGAGCCAAGCUCCUCCAAUGCCCUCAAGGGAUCCUCUCAAUAUGCUCCUAUUGCAGUUGACUCAUCAACCAAUGCUGGAUCCAAAUCAGCAAGCGUGGUCACUAUUUCUCAGCCACCAUCUCCAGUCCAAGAACGAUCAUCGCGGAAGUAUGAUUCUGAUAGCGAGUUGGAGAAGGGAUCUUUGCUGUCUGAGGAUCCUGACGACGAAGAUGCAAUCCCUGACUGGCUCAUGUCUGAUGAAGAAUAA